UAGCAACUUCAGGCAACGUAACCCACAACACACAAGAUCGGAAGUCCAAUUGGCCUAUGAUUUGCUCUGUAUGUGCUGCUGCUGCUGCUGCUGCUACAAGUCUCACACAACCUACCUACUACUUAGUACUAGUAGAGCAACACCAUGGUUGGUUCAUGGGAACAUCACCACCACCACCACUACCACCACCAACAACAACUACAACACUUACAUCCCUACUAACUCUAUACAUCCAGUAGUGUAGAUGGCAUGUCUAGUGCCGGGGAGACCUACGAGAAAGAGGGAAAGUGGUCCAGGCAUCCUCGUCAGCUUACAUAGUACCUGUCUGUUACAUUGGAAGUUGACCAUUCAUCGUGAUCUUGACGCGCGGGGGAGCGACUACAAGGCGAAGGCGUGCAGCAACACUUGGAGAAGCAGCCAGUUACCGCGAAAUGCCGCUCGUCGCGUGCGCGGUUUCAUGCAUACAAUUGGGUUUCCACAGAGUGACUGAUUGUGAUGGAGUGGGUGAUAGGGAGGAAUACAUUGGGGGCACAAUUAUAGUAUGGGAUGAAUACAUCCGAGCGCUGCUCGUCAAGUCCUGUUUUCUUCCCAAGGGACUCGCUGACUCGCCGGUGACGUUUACAGUCGUACCAAUUGCUGACCACAGAGCUGCCAUGUACACUACCUACGCCAAUUGCUAUCUAAUGAUUCUCGCGUCAUUACUUCGUAUGCUACCGGUAGUACGUGGAGGUAGUAGCCACUGCCGAUGUGGUAGCUUGGUUGCCAUCACCAAUCCCGCUCUUCAAUGUCGAGGGCCGAAAAGACGCGAAACGAACAUGCCAUUGGAGAUUUGUGCAUCGCCUCGGUUCGCCACCACCACCACCAUGAGACACCGUGAGACAUUGGAUGGUACUACUCUUAAGUACCGGCAGAGCGACGCGAUACGCGAAGCACAAGAUUCCGGUGUUACCGACCGGUCUGUUAUCCCCGGAAUGCCACAACAGGAUGGGCUCGCUACUUACAAACCAAUUCGCCAUCAGCUACUAUAGUGCCUACCUAGGUCCUAUAUCACAACAGACAUACGGCAGUGUGGUCAGUAUGUGGCCAGAAUGCGGCGAUCUCUUAAUUCACCAAGCAAAGAAGCCAUCUGAUUUCUAGCGGCGCCAUGCAUGUAAUGAGGCACAAUCCCUGCUGCCCACUACCUGCUCGCAUGCCUACAUACAUACGAAGUAUGCUAUGGUAUGCCAACCACCCGUAGCGUGCACUAGCCACUGCAACGGUCAUCGGUCAUCGGCGUAAAAGAACCCAGCCAACUCGAAAGCCCAUUGGCCCCUCUCUCAGUGAUCGAUG